CGGGUGGCCCCCACCACCUACCACACUCACUGAUGAGUGAUGACUGAUCUAUCAACCAAACCAACUCCCAACUCCUCCCUCCCUCCGCCGCGCCACGCCCACCCACGCAUCCAUCCAUCGAUCGCAGCCAAAUUCUACUCGAGCUGAGCGCUCCGAGCUCUCUCGAUCGAUCAUGGCGUCCUCCCCGCGCCAUUCCACCCACCACCCCACCUUGCUCCUCCGCCGCCACUACCCCAACUUCUGCGCCCUCGCCCCCCUCCGCCCGACCAGGCAACUCCCCAGCCUUCCCCAGCAGCAGCUGCAGCAGAAGCAGCACGUUGGCCAUGAUCCGUCGCCGUCGGAGCCCACCACCGCGGCCGCCUCGCCGGCGACGGCGGCGGCGGCGGGGGCGCUGCGUGUGGGGAUCGUCGGGUUCGGCAACUUCGGGCAGUUCAUCGCGGGGGGGAUCCAGCGGCAGGGGCACGCGGUGCUGGCCACCUCCAGAUCCGACUACUCGGGCUACUGCGCCCGCCACGGGAUCCGCUUCUUCGCCACCGCCGACGAGCUCUGCGAGGCCGGGCCCGACGUCCUGCUCGUCUGCAGCUCCAUCCUCUCCACCGAGGCCGUCGUCCGCGCCAUCCCCUUCCGCAAGCUCCGCCCCGGAACCCUCGUCGCCGACGUGCUCUCCGUCAAGCAGUUCCCCCGCAACCUCCUCCUCGAGAUCCUCCCUCCGGGGUUCGGGAUUGUAUGUACGCACCCCAUGUUUGGGCCGGAGAGUGGAAAGCAUGGCUGGAGUGGGCUACCUUUUGUCUAUGACAAGGUCCGUGUUGCCAAGGAAGGGGAUCAGGCGGCCAAGUGCGAACAGUUCUUGAGCAUCUUUGAGCGGGAGGGAUGUAGGAUGGUGGAGAUGUUGUGCGAAGAGCAUGAUCGCUAUGCCGCGGGAAGUCAGUUCAUCACUCACACUAUUGGGAGGAUUUUGUCACAGCUAAACCUUGAGUCCACACCAAUCAACACCAAGGGUUAUGAGACCCUUCUGCAACUUACUAAGAACACGAUAAGUGAUAGUUUCGAUCUGUACUAUGGGCUUUUCAUGUACAAUGUGAAUGCCACAGAACAGAUAGACAACCUGGACAGGGCAUUUGAGAAGGUGAAGCAGAUGCUCUAUGGUAGGCUGCAUAAUGUACUAAGAAAGCAGAUAGAAGAGAGGGUCCCAAUCCCGUAGCCCCUUCAGUAAAUAUCAAAUGAAGCCCAGUCCAGUGCUGCUGGGGCCUGGGAGCCUGGGACCCCUCUCUUCUCUCCUGUAAGGUUGUAUCCACACAGAAGAAGUUGCACAUAUCCCAUAUCUCUGCUACACCCACCCCUACACUUGACAAAACAGAGAAUUAGGCUAAUACCAUGGCAAAUAGGUGACAAUUGGAAAAUACCAUCACAUAUGUGAAUAACAUGUGGGUCCUAGGUUAAAAUAUCAAUGUCAUAGGCAAUAAUUUUUUCAAACCCUGUUGUGAUAUUUUCAUUGGUACCAAGAUACUAAUUCUAGAUGUCUUUCUCAGUGUUGUGAUAGGAGCUGUAUGCAUUCAAUGUUUCUCUUAGGUGUUAGCUAAAUAUGCAAGGAAUAAGAUGUAACCAUGUCCUCUGUUUUUGUUCUUUCAUGAGUUGUAACGAAAUUCUUUUGUUCUUUUACACUGAGCAUGAAACAAGUUAUGAUAUAAGAGAAUGCUUGUUUGAAAA